GCGUCGUUGUUUCCCGCUGUUAUAGUUAUUUUGCUUUGUUAAGAUGUAAAUGCCAACGGCGUCCAGGGUUUGGGCCUAGUCCAAGACUUGUCUAGUACCAAUCAGGGCCCAGAUGCUGCGCUUGUGUUGUUAUGUUAAACAAAAAAAAAACAAUAAUUCGUAUUGCCGUUUCUUUUAUCAGAGUUAAAAUACGUUGUCGCCGUUGCUAACUUGGCGUUGAGCGUGGAGUUGACGCUUCAAUGGUGUUGCUAUUAUUAAAGCAGGCGCGUAACGAGACGUUCGCUCGCGUUGCCUGUGGCCUAGCUUGGGCUGCCUUAUGUUGCAAUGUAAACACUCGACGUUUCGUACUGCAUUGCGAUUGAUUCUUUGCUGUUCCAGAUACUAUAAUUCACGGCGACGUUCAUAUUGUAUUGACGGUGUUGAAACGAAAGCAAACACGUGCACAUUUUUGUUGCAGAAAGUCGCAUGCACUUUGUUUUCCCCCCUCCACCCCCCUGUGCAGCGCUUUGCAGCGUCCGUUUAACUUUGAUACGGUACAUGGACGAUAUUUCUCAACAACAUGUUUUUUCUCAGUCGUUUUGAGCAUUGAUAAUAUACAAUCGCAAAUUGUGUAAGGGACAAUAGGGCCGUGGGGCGUUUUUGGCGCUUAGCCUAUGCACCCAGUUUUACCAGAGUUCGAUUCUCGACCGCGGCGGCGAGGGAUAACAACUUGUCCUGGGACGCCUCCUGAAUCCCCCCCCACACUCACACCACACUCACACCACACACACACACCACUGUGUGUCUUCUUGCAUCAUGAAAGUGUGAACAGACAUCCCUGAUGAUCCGUGUCGACGGCAUGGGGAGGCCGCCUUCAUCCAGCAGUGGAUUGCCAAAGGGCUGUAAAUUACAACUUCAAAGAAUGCAAUUCUUUUCCCCCACCAUUGGCAAAAGUAUACGUAAAUGCUCACCACCAGACUUGAAUUGGGUGAAGUAUGGUCAAAUAGGACUGAAUUAUGCAGGCUAUAUAUGAUUUGAACGAUAUCAAAUGUGUAUGAGUACAGUACUCUAUGAACAAAUCACUUGGAAUGUGCCAGAGCCUGUCGGACCUCAAGCCAAGCACAGUCUGUUGGGUUUAUAUUGUACAGUGCUUAAAUGUGUGACCAGAUAACACAAUCAAUUGGUCUUGUACAUUUUCCGCACUUUCACCAACCCUCACUGACCAGCGUGGUGAAGUAUGGCCAUAAGCCCUCGCUGCCUGAGGAGGAGGCCCUCAUCCAUCAGUGGAUUGACAAACGGGCUUUACAUGCAUAGGCAAUAUACUUAUUGGACUGUUAGGUCUGUAUACUGCAUGUGUGCAUUUUAAUUCUAAAUGUAAUACUAAUGUAUAUAUUUUUUAAGUGAUAUACAUUUGCAUGUUCACAUCUUGGUCAAUCCACUGCUGGAUGAAGGCAUCUCCGCGUUGUGUGGGUCACACUAACUGUUUGCGAUAUUGCAUACAUAUACACUCUACAUGGAGCAGAGCAGCUGACUAAAAUGUCAAGGGUUUUUAUUGCUAUUUGAGAAACAAUGUAUAUUUUUUGCUUGAUCAGUCUAUAUUAUCGCUGAAGCUGCGUAAAGUAGGUAAAUGCAUUGCUAAGAAUACAUGUACACUAGAUCUCUUAUCUUCAAAAGAGCCAUCUUGUGGUUCCUUUAAUCUGGCAAGGCCAAUCCAAUAUACGACAAAUUUAUGGAAUUAAAUACCUUUUUUGUGGAUAACCACCAUAUUUUUUUUAUUAAAGUGUGUUUUCCGUGAUUUAUCUUAAUCUGAUUCUCUUUUUCAGGUCAUUACUAGAAAGAUUAUUUCUAUUGUACUAUAAUACAAACUGCAAAGUACAUCACAGACAUUUGCGUUCAAAUACAACUAUGCUGUGAUGGUCAAUGUACCUAUACUAUUAUGCACAUUGUGGUUGUUGAUGUAACGGAUUAAUGGGGAUACUAAAUAUACAUUUAACAGCUUUUGACGUUAUGCAAAUCUAACAAUUGCUUUUGCAGAUUGUUAUAGUGAAUGGAAAAUAAGUUAAUGAUCAAUGAUAUGCUUGACAGUUUUGGCAGGAUGCUCUUGCAAAGGAUGCUAGCAGAAAGGUACUGGUAAAGUGAGCAAGGCAGGCAAAGGGAGUAUGACUGAGAAGAUGGACCUGAGUGUUUUAUAUAAAGUCACAGUCUUUGACAGGUAAAUUGUAAACACUUUUUUUUAUUGAACUUAAACUGUAAUAUUGGUGAUGGAUGUGGAAAGGUAUUGUGGUGCUUUGUAAUUCAUUUAUGAGGUAUUUAUUUUUCUUUACAUUUCCCAUCACGUACAUGCCAAAAUGGACGUAAGCGUGCAGGCUAUACGUUCAUUUAUUGUCUUUAUCUAGUUAAUGUUUCUUAUUUAAUGUGAGCAUUGCUCUAAUUUAACAUUUGCAUGCAGUUAUGACUUAACAAAGCACUUAUGAAUUACAAUGUUGAAAAGAAUGGUUGCCGUUCAUUGUGCUCUGUUUUCACAAACUUUCACAAGAUGCCCUGGGAUGUCCAGUGGUGCUGACGUCUCGGAUACUCAAAUCUCUGAGCCUUCAUCAGCGAGCAUCCUUGAUGGCUCCUCCACAUCACAGCAGAUAUCUCAUGGCACUGAUGGCUUGACAUGGGAGCUGGUACCUCUCAACUCUAUCAACCGUUCUGACAACCAGGGGGAGCAAGGCAAAGAAGGCACGCAGAUGGACCCAUUGCUGAGCUGCGAUCAGAUGGAGGUGGAGCUGGUGCCACUGGAUGUGGAGCUGGUGCCCGUGGAGAUCCAGCUCGUUCCUGCAGAGGAGGAGGAGCCGCCAGUAGCCAUCGAGCUCGUGCCGGUGGAGGAAGGCUGUGGGACGUUCUCUCAGCCGCCGGGGGAUUCCUUCGAGUCUAUUGAAACAUACACCAAAAUGCUGAGCGACAAGGACCCCAUGUUCACGGCGGCAAGCACUCCGUACCAUCUCAAGUAUCACGAGAAUCUGCGCGACAGCUUCUCGCUGGCUUCCGCCGAGGGAGAAGGGCUGGGACUGGAUGAUGCCAUGGUAGAGAGCCUUUUAAAGGAUGGAAGCUUACCGAUUAUAGAGGAUGUAAUGGGAUCUGAAUUCACUAACCUUUCAAAUGCAGAAAGACAAAAAACAGGAGCAAGUGGAGGUGGAGCUGAAGAGAGGCCUAAAACAGUGACCAAUAGUGCAGAGCACCCACCUGGAGAGAGUGAACAGGAAAGUUUGCGGCGUAAACCAAGGCAAACCCGAAAACAGCAGCAGUUGACAGAGCAAGGUGCCUCCACCAAGUGUGCCAGUGCCUGCACCAAUGCAAAACCCUCGGGUGGGAAGGGCAAUGAUGUGUCAAAAAGCCAUUCGUCACACAAUGAUGAUGGGGAGGAAUACCCAGAGCAUGCAACUCCUAAAACCAGGCAGGUGCGGUCAGGCUCAUCGCAGGACGGUGAGCAAAAGUCUGCAGGGAAAAGUUCAUUCCUGAAACAGUCUGAAGCUGAAUCAGCAAAGAGCAAAUUGCUUGCAAAACGCAAAACAACGAGCAUUGAGGAGCCACCCCUGUUUGUACCAGACAACCUGCCUCCCGCAGUCAAGAAAGACGGUCCGAAAGAUCAUAAUGCCAAGUCUGGAAAUGCUAAAGCGGGCAGGAUGAGAUCACAGAAGUUUGAAGAAGAGAGCAGCACGGACCUGACUGAAACAAUGUCAUCAGCCCUUUCUGAUGAGAGUGACAGUGAGAAUGACCCCAACAAACUUUGGUGCAUCUGUCGACAGCCAUAUAAUAACAGGUUUAUGAUUUGUUGCGACCGAUGUGAGGACUGGUUUCAUGGUGAUUGCGUUGGAAUCACAGUUUCCCGUGGGCGGCAGAUGGAACGCAAUGGCGAAGAUUACAUUUGUCCAAACUGCAGCUCCAAAGAAGAUGAAUCCAAACAAGCCGGCGGGGCUGAUCAGGACGUGCAACUUGGAGCGAAAGCUGAGAGCAGCACCACCUUGUCCGAGGCAGAUGCCGGGGCCAUGCCAGGGAAAGGGACGCCUGCCCAAGCGGCCUUGCAUGGCAUGAGCGACGGACCCAUGCCAACAAACAUACAGCAAGGCAACAUCAAGGGCAAGAUCGAGAAAGCGAAGAUUGUGUCUGACAUCACAAAGAAGAAGAGGAUAUUAAACAGGUGUGCUGGUACGGGGUGCACAAAGAUGGCAGCUCCAGGCUCUGUGUACUGCAGCAAUGACUGCAUCCUGCGACAUGCAGCUCACACCAUGCAGACCCUCCAGAAAGGACAAGCCAAACCUGCACCUCUACCCAGCAUCACAAGAGAUUCCAGCUUAUCUGUGCAGCCUUCUGGCACACGGCUCGAUGCCAACCCUGCUUUGCGGAGGAACUCAAGCGAUAAGCCUGUGGUGGUGUUUGAGCGCAGCAAUAGGGUGGUGCUUAUCAAGGCCAAUGUGAUCCAUGUGCCUAAGCCUGGAAGCCUUGUAAAGCAGCCACAGCCUGCAACCAAUGCUCAGCUGGGAUCAAAAGCCAACAUCCCCUCGUCAACAUUUUACAAUACAGUCAAUAAGCAAAAAACAGAUUCCACCAUAAACAACAAAAAAGACACGGUGACCAAAGAUAAGAAGCCAGAGUUAAAGAGAAAAUCAGAAACACCCACACCUGCUCCCAAUGACAAGCUCAUCCGGAGCAAUGUGCGCCGUUCACUCGGAGACAUCUUUGCAAAAAGGAUGAAAGACUCAAAGAGUCUGAAAAUUUCAGAAGAUGAAGCUUUAAAAGUGGCGGAUGAAAUUGAGAAGGAGCUGUAUGCCCAGUUUCAAGAUACAGACAGUAAAUAUAAGAACAAGUAUAGGAGUCUCAUGUUUAACCUGAAGGACGCACGGAAUCACGGCUUGUUCCGUCGUGUUUUAAAGCGUGAGAUCCCACCACACAAGCUGGUUAGAAUGAGCCCUGAGGAGCUGGCUUCCAAGGAACUGGCUGAGUGGCGUGAAAGAGAGAACAAACAUACACUAGAAAUGAUUGAAAAGGAGCAAAGAGAAAUCGAGAGAAGACCAAUUACCAAGAUAACUCACAAGGGAGAAAUUGAAAUAGAGGAAUCUACUCUGCAAACUGCUGUUGAGGAGUCUACUGACAGCGAAUCCAUACUGACUGAAGAAACUGAAACAAAAGUGCAUGUUGAUACCACUGAGCAGCAUAAACUUCACCUUUUUGACCUUAAUUGUAAAAUAUGCACAGGUAAAGUAGCACCGCCUGUUGAGGAACCGUCAGCCAAAAAGGUGAAAGUCGCCACAUCUGUUAUACUGGCAACUAAGAAAGCUGCUGCAGAGUUUGAAUCAGCUGCUGUGACUGCACCUGGUCCAUCUAAAGCAGAUGCUGGAACCGCCAAGUCAGCAGUUAGUGUGUCUGCUUCAUCAAGCGUGAAUGCUAACCUGGAGGAACAGCAAACCAAGUCCCCAGUGUCUGUUCUAGCUGUCAGGUCGGCAGAGCAGUCGGCAGGUGAUUGCAGGGCCUAUUCCUUCUUGGAUGACAUCUGGAAGGGCUUUGUCAACAUGCAGAAUGUGGCCAAGUUUGCCACAAAGGUGUUUGCAGUGUCCGGAUCUUGUGACCACAUGGCAGAGGACCUUCCGGACACAAUUGAAGUUGGUGGCAGGAUAGCCCCAAAGGUCGUCUGGGAUUACCUUGAAAAAGUAAAGGCUACAGUGACUAAGGAGAUCUGCUUGCUUCGCUUUUACCCAGCCACGGAGGAGGAGAAAGUGGGCUACGUGUCGCUCUUCUCCUACUUCAGCAGCCGCAACCGCUUUGGCGUUGUCGCCAACAACUGCCAGUAUGUGAAGGACAUGUACCUCAUCCCAUUGGGAGCAUAUGACGAUGUGCCAGAGAACCUGCUGCCUUUGGAUGGCCCAGGAUUGGAGCAGACGCGACCGAACAUGCUACUCGGGCUGGUGGUGCGGCAGAGAUCAAAACGGAGGCUGCCAGGCGAGCAUCCCUUUGACGCGCCAAUUCUUUAUGACAAAGAGCACACCAUUCUGAACAGUCCCGAUGAUAAGCAGAGGCAAGUGAGCUCUUUUGAAAAUGAAUACCACCACUCCAUUCCAGAGAUUGAUAGCAUUGGAAGAUCAACUAAGUAUUCAGAAGAGCCAAGCAACUCCUCAUUUGUUGAAGAUGGCAUAUCACCACUGAUAUCUAUGUAUUCUGCAACGACGACAGGAUUCUAUGGGACAAGUGAUUACACGACAAAUUCUCUACCACUGCCUCCGUCUCCACCACCGUAUGUUCCAGAAAAUAAUGUUGACCCAAUUGUCCAGAAUUUUGCAACUUUGGAUGAGACUGUAGAUGAAGAGGAGGAUCAUAACACCGAUGAUGAUGAAGCUUAUGACCCUGAAGAUGAAACACUUUUUACAGACAACACCCGGCGUUUUGGCCAAAGCUCGGGCAUGCUGUCAGUACGAGACAAGCCUCCUGACAUGUCCAUGGACACCUUUCUUGAUACCAUUGUUCCACCGGCGAAUGUCAGUCUCUCGGAGCAACAGAAAAUUCUGGAUAACCUCAAGAGACAGAUUGCUGAGGAGAAGCGGAAGCUCGAGGAACAGGAGGCGAGUCUUCGACAAAUGCCGCCACUGCCUCUGCUGCCUAACGCUGCGGAGAAUGUGGAGAGUCUCUCCAUCCAGGUGAACAAAAGCAGGGACCCACGGCAGUCGGGGCUCGGUAAGCAACUGAACAAAGCCGAGCCAAGUGCCGUGGCUUCUCACGGCUCGAGUGACGCUGUCUCAAACCAGCGGCACGAACCUGCAAACGAAGGUGCAACUGAAGUCAAGGGCAAAGUUGUGGCACCGAGUCCGCAAAGCACGUUCCUCUUGGCUAGUAGACAUGACGCGGAUCCAAAAAGGGAGUCGAGAGACUCGAAACAACCGUCGAACUUGAGCCAGAGUGAGAAGCGAUCUGGUGGUGACAAACCUUCAGAGCCCUCCGGCUCGGGAAACUCCCACAGGAACUCGUCCAAGGAAAGAGAGCACCGGUCACGCCGCGAUUCAAGCGAGUCGAGGUCACAGCAAGGGGGCCACCGGCGGUCAAGCGUCAGCAGCAGUGACAGGGGCGUCGAAGACCGGGACCGGCACGAGCAAAAGAAUGCCCGGGCCAAGGGGGGGCACACGGAGCAGCGCUGGGACCGUGAUCGCGAGCGCCAGCGCGGCUGGAGCGAUGAGCGAGACCGGCGCCGGGGGUGGGACGGUAGCAGCGGCAGCGACAAAGACUGGGGCCGAGAGCGGGACCGGGACAGGGACAGAGAUUGGGAAAGAAACUCCAGCGAGAGAAGCCGGAGUAACCGAGAACGGUCGUGGAACCGGGGCAGGGACCACGAUAGCCGAGACGCGGGGAGGAGUCGAGACAGGGAUAGGUCCAGACACUGAGGUGACUGACCGACAUCAUGUGCGCUGACCCAAUGGGGGGGGGGGGGGGGGGGGGGGGGGGGGGGGAAACAACUCACUUGAGACCAGGACUGUUUUGAAGUCUUGCUGUUAUGCUGACUGAUGCAUCUCAAGUCGAGCGGGCAUCGGUCGCAGCAGGCUAUCAACAAAUGCGUUAUUUGAUGAGAAUAUAAGUUGGACUUUAAAUGUUUUUCAUGAAUUGCACCACAGGCUGUAUUUGUUGUACAUACAAUUCGGUAUGAUCUUUCACGUGUUAUAAGCUGUACAAUUAUUUUAUGGCGUUCGUUGACACUUUUGAUAAGCAAAUCUUACCAAUUUUUCAUCAGGAGUUUGCCGGCCUCAAAACGUUUUGUUAUAAACAUCGGUAAUUCAAUACAUUAUCUUUGUUAUUGCUUUUGCAGGUUGUGUUGUGAAAUUCACACUUAUUGGAUGUUGAAGAACCAUGUCACACAUGUUAACUGAUGUUUUGUUUGUAAAAUGUUUAUUAAAAAAAACACGUUUCUGUAUUUUCUUAAUUCUGAA